CGAGUUGCGGCGUACCUUGGCGGUGUAAACGGCGGCGUGAAAGCGCUGUUUUUGGGUCUGGUUUUGGGUUUGGUGCUGGUGCUGCUGGCGGAGGUGGAGGUGCUGGUGCUGCUGGUACUGGUUCUGACGGUGCUGUUCCAGCUUCAGCUCACGCUCACUACUGCUGCUACCACUAUUACAAAAAGUAUUACCAACCUCGUCGUCGGCGGUGGUGAAAGGAAAGUAGAUGGGACCGGGAGCCAUGGUCCGGAGAUACUCAAGAAGACAAACAAUUCCUCAACGAACGAUAAAGAGUCAUACGCAUAACAACACAGACACACAUACAGCAAACACACGCACACCCCGUACUUUUCACUUCUUCAGCCUGUUCAGAGUGCCACAAACGUCGCGCUUAUUAGGCUGCCGUUGGGGGGCGCUGUGCAAGUACCAAUAUGUACCUAUGUACUCUGUAUGGACAUACAAGUUCCGCCUGGAGGAUGUGGCGCGCGUAUGUCCCACAACGCGCUGUCACCUGGUGAUGCCGAUGUUGGUGCUGCCGAUGCUGAUAUUGAUGCUGCUGGGAGGUGGUGGAAGAAGCGACAAAGGUGUGCAUGAAUACUCCACCAAACAGUAAUGUACGUGUUCACUGUGUGCGUGUGUCUCCUGUCUUUUUCUCUGCUCGU